AUGAAGCAUUCUAUCGGCAGAAGAUUGUUUGCAAGAAACAAAAGUUCCGGACACGUCGACAGCGGGCAGAAGCAGUCUAUUGCCAGUUCCUCUCAUUUGGAGUCUGCAUCAUUGAUCCCUCUUGCAACGGACGAGCCUCAAGCGGUACCACAGAGCCCGUUACCCGACGUUAUCGACGAGCCUGUUCAGAAUCUAUCGCAUUCGACGACCAUAAUAUCACCACAGUUUCAAGGACCACGCAUCGAGAAACCAGAUCUUUGGCUCCUGGCCCUUGAACGCUCUGAGCUAAACAAUGAGCAGUCACUGGUACUCCUCAGUCCGCCUACUGGAGGUGAGACCGAGCCAUGGUCUCCAGUUCAGUUCGUGCAGGAAGUCAAAGAUGUCACUCGCGACCGGUACGUCGAGGGUGAAAAGAGCGGAUGGUUCGCCAAAGCUAGAGGAUGCAAAGCCGUCAUCAAGCAACGGGCCGGGACAGUACUCAUGGCCGUACUCGAGCUCAAAGAUUUCGUUAGCGAAGGACUAAAGUACGAUGUCACUGGAUACGGUGCGACAGCAUGGUCUAUCAUCACCUUCGGCCUACGGGUAAGAACUGGUACUGGAAUUGAUUGCUCGUGA